GGCUUACGUUGUUCCGGGUGUCACAAUCAUACUUCCUUUUAGCCCAUCGGCGGACGUGAUCAACGAAGAGACAGCAGAAUGCUGGCCACCACAGCCCUUCGCCUUCUUGGCAAACGUGCCAUUUCCACAUCCGUAUGUCUGCGUGGAGGACAUGGUGUGGCUAAGAUAGAGGCCUACACUCUCCCUGCCUACUUUGACCGGCGGGAGAACCCCCUCCCAGAUAUCUGCUAUGUGCAGGACCUGAGUGUUGAGCAGGUAUCCCUGAAGGAGAAGGAGCAGGGCUCCUGGGCUGCACUCUCCAACGAGGAGAAGGUUGCAUUGUACCGCAUCAGCUUCAAGCAGAGCUUUGCUGAGAUGGGCGAGGCGACGGCAGAGUGGAAAACUGUGAUUGGUGGGGUGCUCUUCGUAGUCGGCUUUACUGGCCUGAUUGUGCUGUGGCAGAGAAAGUUUGUGUUUGGACCCGUCCCACACACUUUUGAUCCCGAGUGGAAAGCAAAGGAGCUGCAAAGGAUGUUGGACAUGAGAAUGAACCCAGUGGAGGGCUUAUCAGCCAAAUGGGACUCAGAAAACAAGCAGUGGAAAAAGUAAUAGACCAGAGGACCAAAACACAUACUGGAAAAUAAUAGCAUACCAACAUAAAGAUACAAUAAUACAUGCAUUUCUUUAUCUAUCAAUUAUCCAAUUUACCGCUGUCUGUUCGUUGUGGAAGACCUCUUCCUCUUAAGGUCGUUGUGUAUUAUAGAAGAAGGAAUAAAAAUGGUAAACUGCUAA